GACGAAUUCUGUCAUCGAACUCCUCCCUUUGACUCAACACGACCUUCUCUGACUCACAACUGUCAACUACUUGGUCAGGGCAAUACUGCUCUUUCUCCAGGCCUUCUUUUCGUCUCGAGAUUCGAUCGUAAACGCACGCGCACAAUCUUCGAAAUCGCACACAAACGAGGCAAGUGGGGUAAAAUUCACACAAUCGAAACCACGACACCACAAUAAUAUUGAGAGAAAAAAGCUACGCGCACAAUACAGAGGGAGCGAAUCGAUCGCGUAACCCGCAAUCAUGGCGCCGAGUUUUGACCAUCUGCCAGACCCUGAGGACGAGGACUACGAUGAGGAUGAGGAGCUCGACUUUUCCGACCUGCGAGAACGAUUCGAGGUCCAACUUGAGCAAGGCUUGGAUGCAUUUGUGGUUAUCGAUGGACUGCCAUCAGUCACUGAGGAGACGAAGCCGAAGUUGAUCAAGUUCUUGAAGCGGAAGCUGGAUCCUGUGGGCAAGGUUAAGGAGGACUCGAUAUUCAUGCCACUUGGACCAGAUGGUACAUCAGAGAAGUUUGCGUUCGUCGAGUUCUCAUCCGCUGCCGAGGCACUCGCUGCGUGCAAACAACUUGAUAUGGUCCCCCUCGACAAGAGGCACACCUUGAGAGUCAACAAGAUGACAGACAUUGAGCGAUUUGGCCGAGAAGGACGCAUUGAUGAGAAUUACACAGCUCCAGCAAUCCCAGCAUUUGAGGAGAAGGAGCACUUGAGGUCAUGGUUGGCGGAUCCCAGUGGCCGUGGCCGAGAUCAAUUUGUGAUGUACAAAGACGACCGAGUUCAGAUCUUCUGGAAUAAUGAAAAAGACGCGCCUGAGCCCAUUGUUGAUCGCCAACACUGGACGGAAACAUUUGUUCAAUGGUCUCCCCAAGGCACAUAUCUGACAUCUAUGCAUGCGCAAGGUGUUCAACUCUGGGGUGGACCAUCAUGGACCAGACAAAAGCGUUUUGCACAUCCGUUCGUCAACUUGGUUGAUUUCUCACCCGGAGAGAAAUAUCUUACUACCUGGUCCCACCGCCCUAUUGUUAUUCCCGAGGAGGGUCAUCCCAUGUUAUCGGUUGACGAUGAUGGCAAGAACUACGUUAUCUGGGAUAUUGAGACGGGCAAGCCACUUCGAUCCUUCGCAAAUCUCGACCUUCCAAGCAAUACCACCGACGAAGCAGGUCAACCUGUAAAGAGAAAGAUUGUUUGGCCAGCAUUCAAGUGGUCAGCAGAUGAUAAGUAUGUUGCACGUUUGACACAAGGCGCAUCGAUUUCCGUCUACGAGUUGCCUCGAAUGGGACUUCUGGACAAGACAUCAAUCAAGAUUGAAGGCGUCAUGGAUUUUGACUGGGCGCCUGCAACACCACACCGAGAAGGCAUCAAGACGUACGAGCAAUUAUUCUGUUAUUGGACUCCUGAAAUUGGCAGCAAUCCUGCGAAGGUUGGUUUGAUGAGCGUUCCAUCAAAGGAAGUCGUAAGAACCUUGAACCUUUUCAGUGUUACCGAUGCAAAGCUUCACUGGCAAUCCAAUGCCGAUUACCUGUGCGUCAAGGUUGACCGACACUCGAAAUCAAAGAAAUCUUUGGCUACGAGUCUGGAAAUCUUCCGUGUACGAGAGAAGGGAGUUCCUGUUGAAGUUGUCGAUUCCAUCAAGGACACCGUCAUCAACUUUGCUUGGGAGCCAAAGGGAGACAGAUUCGUCAUCAUCACUACCGCUGAAGUCGUUGCACCUACCGCCGUUCCUCCAAAGACCUCGGUCUCAUUCUACUGCCCGGAGAAAGUCAAGGGAGCAGGUGUGGGCAACUUCAAGCACAUCCGAACCUACGACAAGAAGAACAGCAACGCCAUCUACUGGUCACCAAAGGGCCGCUUCGUCAUCGUUGCUACCGUGCACUCGCAACAAAGCUUCGACAUGGAGUUCUUUGACAUGGAUUUCGAAGGCGAGAAACCAGAGAGUGACAAGGACCUCACCGCCAACCUGCAGCUCAUGAACACUGCUGAUCACUAUGGCGUAACCGAUAUCGACUGGGACCCCACCGGCCGAUUUGUCGCAACAAGCGCGAGCAUCUGGAAACACGCUAUGGAGAACGGCUACCACCUCUACGACUUCAAAGGCGAGCAGCUGCGCGAAGAGCCCGUCGAGAAAUUCAAGCAGUGGCUUUGGCGCCCGCGCCCCCCACCCCUCCUCACCAAAGAAGAACAAAAGCAAAUCCGCAAGAAUCUCCGCGAGUACAGCAAAGUCUUCGACCAAGAAGACGCCGACCGCGGCGCGUCCGCUGAUCUGGCAGUCGUUGAGCACAGACGGCGAUUGUUAGACGAGUGGUUGGCGUGGCGUGCGCAGAUCGAGGAGGAGGUCGCCACUGAGAGGGAGGCGCGAGGCUUGCCGCUGGAUCCGAUCGAGGGGUUGGUAAAGAAGACUGACGAGGAAGAGGAUCAGGUUAUUGAGGAGAUUGUUGAGGAGAUCGUUGAGGAGACUGAGGAGAUUAUUGGUUGAAGCCUUUGUAGAAGUUCUUUCUUUUGCUCAACGGGGCUGGAGUUUCUUACUUCUGCAUUCACGGAUGAUUCAAAGCUUGUUUCGUGGAGAGACAUGAUGCAUAGAUGAUCCAAAAGCAUAGCAAUACAAACACGUUCGUC